CAAUUCAACAUUGAAGUUGUAUGAUUUGUCAAAGCAUUUCUGGAUUGGAACAUGAAGACGUCAAGUAAAUUUAGUAAAGAAAAGUUACAGAAAGCUUUCAAUGAAGUCGACCAUGACAAAAAUGGCAAAAUUGGAGUGAAAUCGUUUCAAGAAGCUCUCCUAAAACUUGGCCAAAGAAUCGAAGAAAGAGAACUUGAAGGAUAUUUGAAGCGUUCAGGACUUGACAGCAACACAUCCACCGACGAAAUCAACUUUGGAAUGUUCUCCAAUCUUGUAGAAAAAAUAACAAGCGAGAAGGACAACGAAGCGGAUUUGAAGAUGGCUUUUGAGGAAUUUGACUGCGAGAAGAAAGGAUAUAUUGAAGGAGCKGGGAUAAAGCGAGUUUUAACCAGACUAAAUAUAGAAUACACGAGCGAAGAGAUUGACUUAAUGAUUGAAGUCGCGGAUACUAAUGGCGACGGUCGUGUUGACAUGGAGGAAUUUCUACAAAUAUUCAAAGAAUAAGGAUCCGACUUCCUUGUUCGUUUACAAUAACACAGUAAUUAUUCAAUGCUACGAGAAAAUUAAACUGCAUGGCAAAAAUGAAACACUAAACAUACAAAAUUCCUACAAAAUGUAGGUAAAGCCAACUUUUCCACUUUGUAUAAUUUCAUGUAGGAUUGAAAAAAAGUGAAAAGAACUGAGAAACGAAAAUGUACGAAGAAAAAAAGGUUACGCGUUUUUGCGUGUCGAAAAGUCGAAACGCUUUGCCCUUUUGAGCAACAAAAUCGUGAAACUUGCAAAAACUUAUUUGGGUGAACGAAGCUGAAAUUCARUCUAUCAUUUCGCAUAAUUACAUGACAAGAAACGACAUACCUCACGGCCUUUACUGGUGACGAGUGCAGCUAAUGGCUUGGCGUAAAACCUUGAAUGUGAAAACCCCAGACAUCCGUACAUACUGAAAAUAAAAUCAAAGUAUUAGAUGUCUGCUGAA